GGAAAUUACAAUACUGCCCUUCCUUUUAAGAACAUUUACACUUCUGUCUUUGUUUUAUUUGGCCAAAAACAGCGAAACCCACACACAUCAAGAGCAUUCAGGUCUUAUUCUUCAAUCAAACCUUCUCAAAGUGUUGGCCAUCAUUUAUUAAUAAUAUCUAUCUAUUAAACAACACCCAACACAGUUUUUGAUGGAUCCCAAGGGCUCACAGUAUCAUCAUCAUCAUCAUCAUCCUCAGCAGCCACACCAAGUUUCCAGUUUUUUGACUCUCCCACAACCCACCACCACCACCACCACCAUGGCUGAUCAAAACAACAAGUCUUGUUCAGAAAUCAAAGAUUUACAAAUCGUAGUCGCGGAAAAAGAAAAAGAAGACGGUGGAGCCAAAAAACAACCACAAUUAUCAGUCAAACGAAGUUCCAACAAAGACCGGCACACCAAAGUUGAAGGUCGUGGUCGUCGGAUAAGGAUGCCUGCACUUUGUGCGGCGAGGAUUUUUCAACUCACGAGAGAAUUAGGUCACAAAUCUGAUGGAGAAACCAUUCAGUGGUUGUUACAGCAGGCGGAGCCGUCGAUCAUCGCCGCCACCGGUACCGGAACCAUCCCUGCUUCCGCGAUGGGGGCAGCAGGUGCAGCUUCACUCGGAGCUUCCAUUUCAGUCGGAUUGCAACACAAAAUUGAUGAAAAUAGUAGGACCAAUUGGCCAUUAGUUGGUGGGAAUUUGGGGGUAGGUAGACCCACAAACCACAUGGCUACAUCUCCGGCUCUGUGGCCCGCCAUACCCACAUCCGGAUUUGGGUUUCAUUCUUCUUCAUCGUCAUCUGGUCCAUCUGCUAACAAUCUCGGCAACGAAAGCUCCAAUUAUUUACAAAAAAUUGCAUUUUCAGGGUUUGACUUGCCCACUUCCAAUUUGGGUCCGAUGAGUUUUUCUUCGAUUUUAGGCAAUCAUCAUCAUCAACAGCAGCUUCCGGGGUUAGAACUCGGCCUCUCUCAAGAUGCUCAUAUUGGGGUUCUAAAUCAACAAGCUUUGAACCAGAUUUACCAUAUGAGUCAAGCUAGAAUGCACCAGCACCACCAACAACAACAACAGUCUUCAAAGGAUGAUAAUUCUCAAGGUUCAGAGGGUCAGUAGAACUUUCAGAUCAAGCUAUUAUAAUGAAAAAUGAAACCCAAAUCUUUCAGCUCUUUUGGAUCAUGGGGUUUCUGUGUUGUAUUGUAUAAUUUGCCUAAAAAAGAAAAGAGAGUAAAAGAGACUGAUAAAGAUGUUUCAGAGCUUCAUCAGUAUCAAAAAAAAAAAAAAAAACAGUUGUAUAUUAGCAGGUGCUUUUGGGGUUUCCCCUCUCUGACACCAUCCUUUUUCUUUCUGUAAAUCUUAUAGCUUUGUUUUUCCAUUUAAAUACAUAUUUCUUGAUAUCGUA